AUGGCUUCCACUACAGACUCCAAGAACAGCUCUGACCUCCGAGUUGAAAACAUAGAGAAGAGUGAAACCCCUGCCCUAGACGCCCAUUAUGACCCCGCUUUUGUGAAACGAACGAUCCGUAGGGUGGAUUGGAGAAUGUUGCCACUGUUGGGAUUCCUGUACGCUGUUGCCCUGAUUGACCGUACCAAUCUUGGUAUUGCCCGCUCAGCCGGCAUGGCUGUCGAUCUGCGAUUAACGAUUGGAGAGCGGUACAGCAUCGCAUCGAUGAUCUACUUCGUCCCAUACAUUUUGCUAGAAAUUCCAAGCAAUCUGGUUUUGCGCUUUAUGGGUGCUCGACUAUGGCUCACAAUUUGCGUUGUCGGAUGGGGAGCAGCGCAACUUGGAAUGGGUUUUGUGCCAACUUGGGGAUACCUGGUACUUUGCCGUGUCUUCUUGGGUGUCUUCGAGGCAGGUUUUUUCCCCGCACUCGUUUUCAUCAUCACUACCUGGUACAAGCGCCAUGAGGUCCAGAAGCGCCUUGCCAUUUUCUAUCUCUCCGCAAUGGUCAUCACGGCUUUCAGCUCGAUCUUCGCGUAUGUUCUUACCCUUCUCAAGGGGCGCGGUGGCCUCAAUGGAUGGCAAUGGAUUUUCAUCAUCGAAGGAGUUAUCACCAUUGCCCUUGGACUCCUCACCUGGCUUUAUAUCCCCGAUUUCCCUGAUAAGAGCAAAUUCUUGAAUGAAGCCGAGCGAAAGAUGAUUCUUGAUCGCGUUGAAGCUGAUCGCGGUGAUUCCAUUCCCGACAAAAUGACCAGGGCCAAGUUCUUCAAGCAUUUCUUCGACCCUCUUGUUUGGGCAUUCGCCUACAUGUUUUUGGCCUCAACGGUCCCCGCGUACGCCAUCGGAUUUUUCAUCACCAUCAUUCUCGGUGGAAUGGGCUAUUCGACGACAGAAGCAUUGCUCUUAACCGCUCCUCCUGGCUUGGUCGGCGCCAUCUCAGUAUAUUUCUUUGCUCAUCUUUCCGAUAGGACAAGAUUGAGAGCGCCAUGGCUUGCUGCUCAGAAUCUCCUCACAAUCACUGGUUUGUUUGUGGCCGCCUACGCCAAACUUAAUGCUGCCCGAUAUGUUGGACUCUUCCUCGUCAACAUGGGCGCCUCUGGCUGCGUACCAGGCGUCCUUGCAUAUAGUGCUAACAAUAUCACGAGUCAUACAAAGCGUGCCAUUCAGACUGCAGUAAUCAUUGCUGCUGGUGGAAUAGGAGGUAUCCUGGCUACCACUAUGUACAGGGAAAAGGACUACCCAAGAUAUAUUCCAGGCAUGUGGGCCACCAUUGGCUUCCAGUUUGGAAUGCUCGCUAUGCUCGCCAUUACGACAUUCGUCUUCCAUCGCCGAAACACCCUGCGUAGAGCAGGCAAGAUCGGUCCUUUGGAAGGCCAAGAAGAUUUCUACUACACUUUGUAG